AUGUUGAAAGGUCUAAAUAUUAUUAGCUAUAUUCUUUUAUUUGAACAAUGUAUAUUAACAUUAAAUUUUUUAUUAUCUGGUGAAAAACAAUUAAUAAUUGUUCCAUCAGUUGCUUUUCGUCAUCAUUCAAAUGAUAUUAAAUCAACAAUUAAUGCUCAUCCUUCGGAUGAUUGGAUCCUUUAUGCUCAAGGUUGGUUUUUUGAAGAAAAUCGAUUUCGUGCAAAAUUAGCCAUGGCAGCACUUUCCCCAAUCGUUAGUAAUAUAGAUAAAAAACGUGUUUCUUAUUUUACAGCAAGUGGAAAAAAACAUAAAACUUUAUGUAUUGAGGAUUUAACAUAUGAAACAUGUAUUAAAACUGAUGGACAAGGUUUAAUUAAAAAAGAAUUUCAAUUAUCAAAUAAUGAAGUUCAACAAUUUCGUGUUCCUGGUGGAACAUAUGGAAAAAUUGAAUAUUUUCUAUCAACACUUGAUCAAAAUAUUCAAACGAAAGGAGAAAUAUUUUUAUGUGAUGAUAAUGGAAUAUCGAUUAUAAGCGAUAUUGAUGAUACUAUUAAAAUAACAGGAGUAACAAGUAUUCGUUCUAUACUUCGAAAUACAUUUUCUGGUCAAUAUAAAUCAGUUCCAGGUAUGUCUGAACGUUAUCGUCAUUAUGAAUCAUAUUAUAAUGCAACAUUUCAUUAUUUAACUGCAUCACCUGAUCAAUUAUAUCCAUUUUUACAUGAAUUUAUUCAAGAUGAACAAUUUCCAUUAGGUUCUUAUCAUAUGCGACAUUUUACAUGGUUUGAUAUGAAUUUUUUUCAAUUUUUUUCAUCAAAAUCAUUUAUAAAACAAAAAACAAAAAUUUUACGUAUGUUUUUUCAAGAAACACGUUCAAGAAAAUUUAUUUUAUUUGGAGAUAUCUUUCAAAAAGAUCCAGAAAUUUAUGCAAAUAUUUAUAAAGAAUAUUCAGAAAGAAUUAUAAAAAUUUUUAUACGUGUAUCAAGCAAAAAUCUUUCAAAUCGUUUAAACACAGUUUUUCAAUAUAUACCAAAAUAUAAAUGGGACAUAUUUCUUAAUGGUUUUGAUUUACCAGAAAAAAUUUUUUAA